GGGGCGGCGGCGCGCUGUGCGGCCGGCGCCGGAGAGCAGCGGGUCGGCGGGGCGCCAUGCCGUACGCCAAUCAGCCCACCGUGCGGAUCACGGAGCUCACCGACGAGAAUGUCAAGUUCAUCAUCGAGAAUACGGACCUGGCGGUGGCCAAUUCUAUUCGGAGGGUCUUCAUCGCUGAGGUGCCCAUCAUAGCUAUCGACUGGGUUCAAAUUGAUGCCAAUUCUUCAGUCCUUCAUGACGAGUUCAUCGCGCACAGACUUGGAUUAAUCCCCCUCACUAGUGACGACAUCGUGGAUAAGCUGCAGUACUCCCGGGACUGCACGUGUGAGGAGUUCUGCCCCGAGUGCUCAGUGGAGUUCACUCUCGACGUGCGGUGCAACGAAGACCAAACUCGUCACGUCACGUCUCGAGACCUCAUCUCCAACAGCCCCCGUGUCAUUCCGGUGACAUCCCGGAACCGAGACAAUGACCCCAAUGACUACGUGGAACAGGAUGACAUCCUCAUCGUCAAGCUGAGAAAGAGCCAGGAGCUGAGACUGCGUGCCUAUGCCAAGAAGGGCUUUGGCAAGGAGCAUGCCAAGUGGAACCCGACCGCGGGGGUGGCUUUUGAAUACGAUCCCGACAAUGCCCUGAGGCACACGGUGUAUCCCAAACCAGAGGAAUGGCCAAAGAGUGAGUACUCGGAGCUGGAUGAGGAUGAGUCACAGGCUCCUUAUGACCCCAACGGCAAGCCAGAGAGGUUUUACUACAAUGUGGAGUCCUGCGGCUCUCUGCGUCCUGAAACCAUCGUCCUCUCAGCCCUCUCUGGAUUGAAGAAGAAGCUGAGUGAUUUACAGACCCAGUUAAGCCACGAGAUCCAGAGUGAUGUUCUCACCAUAAACUAACUGCAGCUCACCUGUUCUAGCAAAAAGGGGAUCUGAGCCAGCAGCUAGGUUUCAAGUCUCUUCUGAGACUCUUUUAGCUUCUGGGGUCUGGACAGCUGUUGCUCCAGCUUCUUGGCAAGCCAUCAGAACAGACUAGAAAGGUAGCAGUGGGGUAGCAAAGGGUAGGCCCAUCCCAGCCUUGCUCGGUCACAGAUAGGUUAUUAGGGGUGCCAGUGGUAUCUGAGGCCAGGCAGUCUUUUCCUGGACACGUAGCACCCUUGGCCCUGCCUGCUAAUUGCCAGUAGCACUCCCCAGGACGUCCCUUACUCCAUUUCCUAAUCUGCCUGUAGGGGCCAUACUGCUUCCCUGUUGAGCACCCCAGAGCUGGACUCGCCUCUUUUGGUCAUUUCACCUCUUUACUUUCUGUCCAAAAGUUGGAAUUUUCCGUUAUACCCUAGGUUUAUGAUGUUGGGAUUGAGUGCUAGGACCCCCAUUCAGGCUGCCUACAAACCCAGUCCCUGCCCAGGGCCAGCGUACUGUCACUUGACUCAAAUUCCCAAGUAUUCCUAAUCUGAGAACCCUUUGAGAACAGUGUUAUACCCUGGUUGGACCCUCUCUCCCAACCCAAUAAACCCUGUAUUUCUUUCUUUACCCAUCAGUUACGACUUCACUGCCAGUGGCCCAGUUAUUUACUUUGGGGUGGGCAAGGGCCUUAAUGAAGGUCUGGCCUUGACCCCUUAGUCCUGCAAGUAGGAACAUACCCAAAGCAGUUAAUUAGCCAGAGAUCCAGUACAGAAAGGAAGGGACAUUCAUUGAUUAACAGUAGUUGUCUUUUUAAAAGUUUUUAUUUUUGGCAAUAAAGAGCACAGCGUAAUCUCCUUCAUGCAUCAUCGUGCCACUAGCUGAGCCAGCCAGCUCUGCCUCCUCUCCGAGGCCUUGGGCCAGGCGCUCUUCUUCAGACUAGCUUUUUCUCUGGGUUGUUAUUCCCUGGGUCAAGUUCAGAGCUGAGCUGGCUGUGGCCACCUCCCUGGCUCCUGGGCUCUGCUGGAGGGGCCUCUUUAUCAUCCUCCUGCCACAACUUGAAUAGUGGUUAUUUACAACAAGGUAACGAGGUCUGUUCCCACAAAUUAGAACCCUAACAUAUUUAAAAAAAAUAAAAACAAAAACCACACGCAA